AUGGCUCACCGUGCGUCGAAAAACAAGAGCAACAACCGGCCGUUUGUGUUUGGAACCCCGAGCAAGACCAAAGCCAGCUCCCAGCGGAAUGCCAAUGGCAGCAGUACUGGUAUCGAGCAGGGCAAACCGCACCCUAGCUCUGCUGGCCACAAGCGCACACCAGACCACUCGUCGUCUGGCGACGAAGGAUCGCCAUCGUCGUCCUCCGACUUGACGGGUUCCCCGACCUCGCCGCUCGAACAGCAGGCGUUCUCCUUGAACCAGCAGAGAGCUAUCUUCGAGCAUCGGCUCAUCACCAAAAACUCGGCUCCCCAGAAAAACUACUCCCAUGUCCCAUGUCGGUUUUUCCGGCAGGGAACCUGCCAGGCGGGCGAAUCCUGUCCUUUCUCACACUCUCUCAACUUACUUGCGGCUGACGCCACCCCAUGCAAGUAUUUCGAGCGUGGCCAUUGUCGUUUUGGAACAAAAUGCGCGAACGCCCAUAUAUUGGCCAAUGGUACCCGUGUCAACCCAGUCAGGCAGUUCAACAUCAACAGAGAACAGAAUGCGGUCCCAAUACCCAUGCGUGACUCAAGCCUCUUGCAGAGCACUCGUUCUAAAAAUGGUCACCAGGGACAAAGCCCUCAAGCUAUGUCAUAUACCUCUCCUACUGCUGCAAUGUCAUCCGCACUCCGCACCCCCAACCUAAAUUCCCAGGGGCCAUUUUUCUCUACCUUCACUCCGCAACAACCAAAUUUGGCUAGCGACUCUGCCAUAGAUGAGGAGGAAGAUUUAUACCAAGACAUUGACGGUGAGGACUUUAUCCCUGGCGAGUUGUCGGACUUACUUACACCCAAGGAGCUCGAACGUCGUAAUUCUAGGUCAUCUCUUACCCGAAAGCUCAGUUUCACAGAUCACUCCUCCAAUGUCCCUUCUGCUACAACUACACUAUUUGGCUCAACCACUGAACAGCUGUACGGCUACGAGCCGUUGCCUUCGACAGCCAACUCUUAUUCCGGACUUUCGUCUACAGCGUCAACCGAAUAUUCACCCUCUGCAAGCGCUGCGACUUUCGGGUACGCUGCUCCUGCGUUCAACUACACCUACCAACAGGACCAGCGUCAAAUGAAAUCUAUGUGGGGCCCUUCUGACGCAUGGCCAAGCUCGAAUGCCAAUGUCAAUCAACUGAGUCUUGAUCUGACCCGUGUUAAAAUUCACGAAGAAAAAGAGGGAAAGGGUAAUAUAAGACCUGUGGCAGUGGAAGAUGGGCGAGACAUGCACCAGUAUUAUCUGGGCGACUUACAUCAACGGGUGUAG